GCAAGAUUGCAGUGGUACAUGGAAAAGUACGAACCAAAGCUCUUGUAUUUCUGGCCUGGGUCGUCCGACAUAGCUGCGAGGACUGUUAUGAUUCGACUGGAAAGUUGAGAAGUUGGUUCCCAGCCAUUACGACGAACGCUUGUAUACCCCGUAAGCGGGGCGUAUGUAUGUCUGCAACCUCUGCAUAAGCGACCCCCAUCCUGCCCUGCCCAGUCACACCGCCUCGGCACUUGUUACUUUCCGUGCGCAUAUACGUCAGGUGGACGAAUUUUCUACCCACUGAGUCCAUGAAUGGUAAACAUCAUUAGCGCGAACAAUUCAGACCGCGCCUGUAAGUCUAAACUCGUGCGGCAGAGAACAUCCCCUUGGCAUAUCCCACUGUCCUGGCCCUACCACUUGGUAGCUCACACUCAUCCCCUCAACUCCUCUCCACUCAACCUACCUCCGUCAUCCCCCUCCAUCCCCACCCCGCAACAACCCAGCUCAUCACCAACCUCCCCGCCGCCUUCCCGCGCAUCCUCUCACCCUCUCCCCAAUAACCAUCAAAAGCGUAUCCACAGUACCGUACUUCAGACGAGACGUCCAUAUCAAGACGCCCAAGGCAAAAGUGCGCCUGUCGUGGAAAAGAAAGAUGGACUGCGCGUCGGGCGAUGCGGCGAGGCGCUCCGACAACCCGAAUUCGCGCAUGCACCAGGGCGCAUUUAUAGGUGCGGCGCCACCGCCUAGGGUCAUGGUUGUGCCUAGGAAAAUGGUGGGGAGGUGGUGGAGGGCGAGGGAUGACAUACUGGGAUGAGGGAUCAGAGAUUGGCUACGCGU